AUGAAGCAGGAGGUCAGAGGGUCAUCUGCAGGGUCAGCAGUCUCCUGGCUGCACACACACAGCAGUCUCUCCACACAGAGAACAAUUGUUUCUGUUCCCGGCAGAGAUGUUGGUCUUGCCCGAGCACACUUCGAGAAACAGCCGCCUGCAAACCUGCGCAAGUCAAACUUCUUCCACUUUGUUUUGGCUUUAUAUGACAGUCAGGGUCAGUCUGUGGAAAUAGAGCAGACCACAUUUGUGGAUUUUGUUGAAAAAGACAAGGAACCAGUGAGUGAAAAAACAAACAAUGGAAUCCAUUACAAACUUCAGUUACUCUACAAUAAUGGUGUCAGAACAGAGCAAGAUCUCUACAUCCGUUUGAUAGACUCUGUGACCAAACAGGCAAUUGUGUUUGAAGGUCAGGAUAAAAACCCUGAGAUGUGCCGUGUUCUUCUCACGCAUGAGACGAUGUGCAGCCGAUGUUGUGAUAAAAAAAGCUGUGGAAACAGAAAUGAAACACCAUCAGACCCUGUCAUUAUCGACAGAUUCUUCUUGAAGUUUUUUCUCAAAUGUAAUCAAAAUUGCCUGAAGAACGCAGGAAACCCGCGAGACACACGCCGUUUCCAGGUGCUGGUCUCCACAACAGCCUCUGUUAAGGCCCACAUUCUAGCCAUUUCGGAUAACAUAUUUGUCCACAACAAUUCAAAGCAUGGAAGAAGAGCAAGACGAUUUGAGUUGAUUGAAGCUGAGAUCCCCUGCAUUAAGGCCAUCAGUCCGAGUGAAGGCUGGACUUCAGGUGGAGCGUCAGUGAUUAUUAUUGGAGAUCAGUUCUUCAGUGGUCUACAGGUGGUUUUCGGAACAAUGCUGGUCUGGAGUGAGGUGAUCACACCACAUGCGAUUCGAGUGCAGACUCCACCUCGUCACAUCCCUGGGGUUGUAGAGGUCACUUUGUCCUACAAAUCCAAACAGUUCUGCAGGGGAGCUCCGGGACGCUUCGUUUACACUGCUUUAAAUGAGCCAACUAUUGACUACGGGUUCCAGCGGCUGCAGAAGGUCAUUCCUCACCAUCCUGGCGAUGUGGAAAGACUGCCAAAAGAGGUCUUGCUGAAGAGAGCAGCUGAUCUCAUAGAGACUUUUUAUGGAGCGCCUCAGAACAACCAGAGCUCAACAGUGAGGUUCCAGAAUUAA